AUGGAGGUGGAGCCCACAUCAGCGGCAUCGUCUUUGACGGAAGAGGAGGCAGCCCUCUACGAUCGCCAGAUCCGGCUGUGGGGCGCCGAUGCCCAGAAGCGGCUGCGCGUGGCGAAUGUGCUGCUGGCCGGCUUUCGCGGCAUCCUCACCGAGGUGUGCAAGAAUCUGGUGCUUGCCGGUGUCAACAACGUCACCAUCCUCGACCGGGAUCCCAUCCGCCCAUCCGAUUUGGCCGCCCAGUUCUUUCUACGCGAGGAGGACGUCGGCAAGACGAGGGCAGAGGCGCUGGAGCGCAUCCAGGUGCUGAACCCGCAGGCCAAGCUCACGUUCGAGAGCGCCGACAUCGCCGACAAGGACGAGGACUACCUGCGCGCCUUCAACGUCAUCUGCAUCUCCACCCAGACCCUGGCCACCAUCGAGAAGGUGAACGGUAUCUGCCGCAAGCACGGCAUCCCCUUCUACGCCGCCGACUCGUUCGGCUACCGCGCCUUCUUCUUCGCCGAUCUGGGCGGCCACAGCUACAUUGUGGAGGAGGAGAAGCCGAAGGAGGACGAGAAGGAGAAGGAGAAUGGCAAGCGCAGCGGCGCCGUCGACGCGCAGCCGCCGGUCAAACGUCAACGCACCGAAGCCGAAGAGCCUCCCGCGCCCAAGACAGGCACCGUUGUUGCCGCCUCGCCGCUGUUCGACAUCGUGCACAAGGUGAACUGGGGCCAUGCUUCCAUGCGACGAGUACCCAAACUCUUCUUUGCCUCCCUACUGUUGUACAUGUGGAGCGGGGAACACGGCCGCCGCCCGUACGGCCUCACCAGCGAUGAGCAAGCGAGGCUCGUGGAGCAGAAGAACGCUUUCCUCAAGAAGCAUAGCCUGCGAGACAACUUCCUCACCGACGAUUUCCUGCUUGAGACGGCGAGAACGGCGGGAGCGGAGCUGAGCCCGAUCUGCGCGAUUGUGGGCGGCAUCCUCGGUCAACAGGUCAUCAAGGUCAUCUCGGCCAAGGGCGAGCCUGAGGUGCACAAUCUGUUCUUCUACGACGCGCGGUCGGCCAUGGGCACCGUGGAGGCCAUCACUGUCUGA